UCUGGCAUCCCUGCAAAGCUGUCUGGUUUUAUUUUGUUUUGCAAAUCAUUACUGCUGUUUACAGAACUAAGGCUUCGUUCAAGUGAUUCGGAUCUGAUGUCUACGACGAUUUCAAACUUCGAUUAUGAAUGUACCAAAAAAUGUCGACUGCCAAACCACGGAAAUGAAAUUAUCAAAGCCCUCACGAAAAGAUCCAUCGCGGACGAACUGUUGGCCGCUUUUAUUGCCAAAACCUGUAGAAAUUUCGCGGAGAUUCUGGAUGAUCAGGGAAGAAGUGCUCUUCAUUUAGCGGCUUCUGUUGGACGAUAUGCGAUUGCCGAAUGGUUAGUAAAACACGGAGCUAGUAUCACCGCCAAAGACCGUGAGUCGGGUCAUACUGCUCUGCAUCGUGCCAUGUACUAUGGGUGCGUAGGAGUAGCCGUUUUACUGCUGAAAUACGGUGCCAGCAUCGAUUGUCCUGAUGAGGAUUUCGUGAAUCCGCUACAGCUAUGCAGUUGCAUUUCGAAAGAGAAAGACAAUGGAAUCGGGCACGAAUUGAUGAUUUGGGGCAAAAAUAAGAACUACAAUCUUGGUAUCGGAAAUGUUGAAGGACGAGACACCCCUGAUUUCAUCGAUUAUUUUCGAAAAAAUCGAAUUACCGUGGAAAAAAUGUCGAUCAAUGCGUACCAUAGUGUGUUUCUCACUAAAACGGGUGAUGUAUAUACCACUGGUCAUGGAAGAGGUGGGCGGCUGGGAAAUGGUGCGGAAAAUACUGUUGUUUUCCCAACAAAGGUACCGGUUCAUACCAAGAACCCUGACGAACGCAUCAUCGAUGUCAGCACGGGAAGGUACCAUACACUUCUGUUGUCUAAUAUGAAUGUUAUAUAUUCUUGCGGAGAAAACAAUCACUGCCAAUUAGGAAUUAAACCUCCAUUGGAAAAGCAGUUAACCUUCAAGGAAUUAGGGGGCUUACAAAAUUUCGCGUACAAGCACAUCCUCCGUAUCAUAGCGAAGGACUUUCACUCGAUAGCGAUCAGCGAGCAUGAGGUUUUCGUUUGGGGUCAAAACGGUGGACAAUUCGGCAUGAAAAAAGAAGUUAACCCUGUUAUAUUUCCGCGGCCAAUUUCGCUCGAGCUGGAGUUGAACAAGGAUAAACCAGUAAAGGCGACCGGAAAAGUUAUGAUUGUAGAAUCCAGUAAUUCGACCAUCGUAGUGUAUACUGAAUUGUGCUACUUGUACAUAUUCAAUAAUUACAAGAGGAGGACAUACAAAAAUCCUUUGAUGGAGAAAUUCAAGUGCAUUUCCGUGUCCGGUGGUGACUUUGUAGCCAGCAAAGAGGACGCUUUGCGGCAAUCAAAACAGCUCAGGAUUUUAGUGUUCACAGAGUGUAGAAAUAUCUAUAUUUGGUACGAGGACAGUCAACAGUUUGUGCGCUGUGUUUUCGCUCAAUCUCGGAACCUAGAAAUAGAUAAAAUUAUUUGGUGCAACAACAAUGCUCUGGUGCUGCUCUUGGGUCAUCUAUACUAUGGGACGAUCACGCACAAACUUAACGCUCAAGCUGCCACUCAGAUAAGUGAGUAUACAGAAACCUACACGAAGAAGGAGAUCAGCACAACCAAUAAAACGCGAAUCGAGCUAAAGCGCAUCAAGAAUUUGAAUAACGUUGUCGACUUUGUUUGCGAUGAUGAUGGGGAUAAUUUCGCUGUACUGACCGAAAACUCGCGUCGCUACUUCAAUGUUCCAGAUCUUGUGGAAUCGAACUACGAUUUUGGCACUUUGCUGACUGAAGCCCAUCUAAUGGAUGGAGUGCAUGAUCUGGUGUUUGUGGUUGACUACGAAUCUUUCCCCGUGCAUCGCUACAUCAUCUAUCAUCGUUGUCGCCAUUUGAAGAAACUAGUUCAAAAACAGUCCGAUAGCAAAGAGGUGCAUCUCGAGCGAUAUGACGGAUUGAGUGCACCAAUUUUCGAGCUAGUGCUGCGGUACAUUUACACUAAUCGCUUGAUCUCACAGGACGAUGUCGAGAAGCUAGUGAAGCGACUUCGACCUGACUCUACACUGGACGUCGAGAGUGUGAAUGAAAUGUUAGAACGGCUUAAAAAAGUGUUCAAACAGCUGGAGAUUGGCGCUCUGGGGUGGUCUGUUAAAAGCCUUACGGUCGAUCCACCGGUUGAAGAAUACCCUAAGUUACCACGUGAUUCGUACCCCGAACUGAGAGAUGUUAUUAUUAAGUUGCAGGACAAUCAGGAAAUCCACGUGCAUAAAUGCGUGCUUAUGGCAAGGCUUGAAUAUUUCAACAUGAUGUUCAGUCAUAGUUGGACAGAGAGCAAAACAGUCAACCUCUCAACUGUUCCGCUCGAGUACAUGGAGCCAAUCGUGGAUUUCCUGUACGACAACAAUUACCAACGCAUUCGGGAGCAGAAAUACUCGGAAGGUUUCCUCCUCAAUAUGAUAGUCAUUUGCGAUCAAUUUUUCAUCGAAGAACUAAAAAACGUGUUCGAAGUGAUGAUCGGAGAUCGAAUAAACUUGAAAAAUGUUGCCGAGUUCCUGGAGUUUGGAUUUCAGUAUAACUGCGAAGUACUUAAGCAACUAUGCAUGCAGUUCAUCAGCGUAAAUUUGGCGAAGAUUUUGGAACUUCGCGUACUAGAGGGCUUGGAGCCACAGGUGCUGACACAUAUCGAUACGUUUUAUAAAAACUUCUAUCACUUGCAAGAAUAUAGAAUGAUAACCCCGUCUCCGGAUGCGAUUGGUGACGAGGAACUAGUUUUUUUUGUCGACAACUUUAAAGUGGACAUGGGUGUGAAGGAAGGCGAAACAAACAUACAUAAAACCAAAAACCCAAAAGGAAAAGUCACACCCAAGAGUACAAAGUUGCAACUGGAGAAGCGAAACUACGAAAAAGAAGCAAUGGGAUAUGUUAGAGAUUUAUCGUUCGAUGAAGCGCCCGUUGUGAAAUCAAACGUGAAACCUACAGCGAAUAAUGAUUCUGCUUCUCGACCUUCGUACGAUGAAGCCAAAAAUUGGCAGAAAGUUGCGGAAAAGAAAGAUCCUAAGAAAAAAUCCAUCACGACAGCUUUAAAAGUCAAUGAAAUUGUCAAUAAUGAAACGAGAGUAGAGGAAAACUUUUCUAAUUUAAAAUCUGUUCUUGGAAAAGUUCCAUCUCCUACUGAAACAAGUUCUUCCCCCACGACACUAGAUAAAAAAGACGAUGGUUAUGAGUCUGGUUAUAGCGGUAGCCGUGCUACCACCUUUAACUUGGGCGACUUCACCCUGCAGAAACCGAAGCUCUCGCAAAAGCAACGUAAAAGGCUCUCUUCUGCCUCCGAGAAACCAAAAGAAAUAAUUCAACAAACAACACCAGAAAACCCAAAACCAGUAACCCCAACUAAUCCUUGGAAAAGUUUAAACAAUUCAGCAGCUGGUAUGCUUAAAUCUGCUCCGAUUCCCAUUACCCCUCCUCGGGACCAGCGCAGAGCGACCACUAGCAACGGAAGCUACGAACCAUCAUCACCUUUCAACAGUUCAGUUGGGCAAACUAUUGUUUCCCCGCCGAUGACAACCAGUGACUCAAAAAGUUCCGAGAAAGAGUUCAGCAAAAUUCAGGCUGAUGAAAGACGCCAAAAACAGUACUACGAGAAAAUUAAAUCAAAAUCCCUCGUUCAUACGCAAAUCGAGGAGCGGGCAAUAGAGGAGCUGCGACGAUUCUACAACGUCGAAAGUGUGUUUGACGAAAACAUCACCAUCGAAAGGUAUCGGCCGCAGUCGGACGGGGCAAUUAACUUCGCUGUCUGGCAAUACCAGUAAGCAGAAAAGGAGAUUUUUCCGAUCAUGUACCGCAUGCAAAUGGCUCUAGGAAGAAUCAUAUUUUACAGGCAUGACGGCAAACCAGUUUGUACCAAUAAUGUGAGUUUGGUAUUACUUGAAAGUUUUCUUCAUUUCCCGAUAGUUUCGAAGUAUGAUUGCUCUAACAAGACCGUAAUCGGGUGUUAAAAUCUCUACUAGAUGGUAUUGUUAGAGCCAGUAGGUAUAUAAGGCAAUUGUGUUUUACCUAAUUAUUGUAACGUACGGUCUGACAACUGAGAAGACUAAUGUUUUGUGCUAGCUGCAGCAGCGAUGUAAAGGCUAUUGUAAAUAUUUUUCAACUUUAAA